AUGGUGAACCGCUUGAGAAGAGCAGUUGCAGUUUCCGACAGUCACUGCCCGGCUGGGCUGUACGAUAUACGGCCGUCGGCUGGACGAAAAACAGACAGCGAAACUCGGUACGGGGAGAUUUUCUGCGACGGUUUUGAUGAAAAAACAAACGAAAACGAUCGACUCGACGUGGGCGAAGUGUGUUUGACGGGACACGGACAACGAAACAAUAAAAGCGCGGGUAUUCAGUUUUUUUGUAUUUUCUGGUUCGAAUUUAACGUCCGGCAAUCUCGUAGACGUGUUAGUGCCGCCGCGCUGCAUAGCGCCGUAACAACAAUAUUUAUGUCGGAGGGGAUAGGCGAACGCAGCGCAACUGUCGUUUUGUAA